AUGACUACGAAUAAGGCCCAAAGUACUGGCAAUACCAACAAAACGGACUCCAUUGAUCAAGAUACAUUGAUGGCAAGAAACACCUCGGUCCUCACGUUGACAACCCCCCAACUUUACUCGAUUUACGGUGGUGAAGAGAAUUUAAUUGAUCAACCGGAUGAAACAGCAGGCAAUAUCUACGCUGAUCUUAAAGAAAACAUUUAUAAACGGGACGAAUUGGAUCAUUCAGAGGUGAAACAUGUCAGAAAUACCAAGUCAAAACCCAAGACCACUAGCAGCGUAUUUGUUGAAAUUUUCAUUAAACUCUUGACAUUGUGUGUCUUUGGGAACCUGUUCAUCAAACUAACAGAGCAACUACAUACGCUUAACCCAACUCUUCCGAACUUCACCGAUUUCCGCAUAUUCUACGUUUUCAAAGACAAUGCAAAAUUGAAUUUAACUCCUCUGCAAACGGACAUUCUAAACAACUCGCUCACAGGUCUCAUACUGGGCGCAAUCAGACCUCUGUCAGACAGAGUGUUUUCUCAAAAAGUGAAUAAUAAGACUCUUUUCGAAACAUCAUCCAUUAUAAGAUCUACGGUUGCACUUAUUGGUUUGUCGUACUGUCUUAGAAAAGUUGAGUGGCAGUCCAAAUUACAAGCUGCUUCUGUUUUUCUCCUCGUCAGCACACUUCUGUGGAUCAUACUAGACUCAACACUUGGCGGAUUCCUGUCAUCUUCAAUUGGAGCUAUCGGCACUAUGGCUGUGUACACUUAUAGCAAGUAUCAACAGGAUCCAGAGGUUGUUCUACAAGAUCACGACAUCCAGGCUGACCUUUUAUGGAUUGGGUCUUUCUUAUUUAUUACGCUCGUUAUUUUUGGCAAAAUCAGCAAACGGUUAAUCGGAUGA